UCUAAAUCUGGUGUUUCCCAAGUGUUGAACCGAUAUUCUUACUCAUCGACUUUGUCACAUCUCAGAAGAUGCAAUGCACCAAUUGAUCGCGAUGGCAAAGUUACGAAACCACGUCAACUCCAUAACACACAUUGGGGAUUCAUAUGCCCUGCCGAAACUCCCGAAGGACAAGCGUGUGGUCUAAUGAAAAACUUUUCCUUGAUGUCAUAUAUUUCUGUUGGAGAGUCUUCAAAAUUAUUAAUUGAUCAUAUUAAUGAAACUGGAACGUUACAAGCUUUCUCGCAGACUGAUGACAUUCUUCAAGAUAUAUGUACUAAAACAAAAGUUAUAUUAAAUGGUAAUUGGAUUGGAGUAACACGUUCUCCUGAUGAUAUAGUCAUUUCAUUAAAAGAAGCAAAGAAAGCAUUUUGUGAAGAUAUUAGUAUAGUAAAUGACGUUAAUGAUAGGGAAUUAAGAAUAUAUUGUGAUCCUGGGCGAGUUUGCAGACCACUAUUCACAGUUCAUGAUUCUUCAUUAGUGAUAACUCAUAACCAUAUUCGAAAGCUCGAUCUCACCAGGACAGAACAAUUGGAAGAUGAUCAUGAAGAUUACCUUGAUUGGGACCGUUUGAUUCAAGAAGGGUGCAUUGAAUAUCUUGAUGCUGAAGAAGAAGAAGUAUCAUUGAUUUGUAUGACACCAGAAGAUUUAGUAGAGGCAAGAAAUAAAUGGGGUUAUGCAUUUUUGGAUAUGCAACCUCCACCAAUGAAAAAACGCAGUUUAUUUGAGAGAAUGAAGACUACACCAGCCUUCACAGAUAGAUGGACUCACUGCGAAAUCCAUCCGAGUAUGGUUUUGGGAAUAUGUGCCAGUCUUAUUCCAUUUCCAGAUCAUAACCAGUCACCUCGUAAUACUUAUCAAUCGGCUAUGGGAAAACAAGCCAUGG